UAAACCCUACCCUAACCUUAACCACACUGCUAACCGUAUGCCUAACCUUAAAUUAAGAACAAAAAGCUACAUUUUUGUUUCAUAAUUCUUGACGAUAUAGCCAAUUCUGACUUUGUGGCUGUGCUAUCUAGAGCGGGGACAGAUCUGUAGACCAAAUGGUAUGCGCGGGUUAAUGUUUACUCUCAGGGCUAGCAGUGUAUGGCCGUGUGCUUACCAGAGACUUGGCAACUUACUACUGCCCAGAUAUAUAUCUAAAAUGUCUGGAGACCCCCACUGGCUUCCCCCAGCGGACAGAGGCCAGCUACUGAUGGAGCUGAAGGCUAGUGGCUGGGUAGAGGUAGAGGAGCGGGACGCCAUCUACAAAGAGCUCCACUUCAAAACCUUUAAUCAGGCGUUUGGCUUCAUGUCCCGAGUGGCUUUGCAAGCGGAGAAGAUGAACCACCAUCCGGAGUGGUUCAACGUUUAUAACAAGGUCCAGAUAACACUAACUACGCAUGACUGUGGAGGAUUGUCCAAACGGGAUAUCAAGAUGGCCAAGUUUAUUGACAAAGUUGCCCUGUCCAUGUAGAUUUUCCUCCUGUAUAUGUCACAGAAUCUUCCAAAUAAAAUGUAUUGAUUAUAA